ACCGGCACACACCGAAGGGAAAUCAUCGAACAAACAACAGACCAACCGAUCAUCCUCUUCCUCUGUCCAAGAACUUGCUCUGUAGUUUCUUGCUAUUCCUCCCAAAUCUCUGCUAUCUCUAGUCUUGAUUCUCUCUGAUUCUUCCCCAAAUUGUAUCAAUACUCUUGCUAUUAUGAUUUGGAGGUCUAGAACCAUAACAAUUGGUAAUCAGAGCCUUGUUCUUCUCUACCCAUUUUUUCCCCAAUCCCACCUUCCUCUCCACCGGAUCGAGCGCCAUGGCUUCCACGCCUUCCACCACCACGGACUCUGAGUCAGCCGCCAUCGAUGCCCUUUCCAAGCGAAUGGAUCGAAUGUUACGGAGGAUGGAGGAUGUUACGGAGGAUGGAGGAGGCGCUGGCGCGGAUGAGUAGCGCUCCUGCGACCGCAGGUCCGCGACCGCGGCACGGGCUCCUUCAUCGACCUCGUCGCUGGCGCCCCCGCCUUCGCCCGCGGCGCUUGACGCUUCUGCAACAGGGUCGUCGGCGUCCUCAGCUUUACCAUCUUUGCGGGCAUCCCCAACUGCGCUUGCUGCGCUGGCCACCAACUCGCCCUCGCCGACAGCUUCGAUGACAUCCGCCCCGAUGACGAUGGCCACGACAUCAGCUGCGUCGCGCACGCCUGCAGCACCCUCGGCCACGUCUACAGCUGCGCCGCCCACGCCGGCAGCGUCCUCGGCCGCGUCCACGACUACUUCGCCGAAGUCCUUCGCCUCGACACCGGCCACGACCCCUUCAUCGGCGCGCUCCACCACCGUGAUGCCCGUACCAUACGUGCCAACGACCGCAUCGAUUCCACCCACCACCGCGGUCGCCAUCUCAUUUCGGUUUCCGAUGCCGCCGUUCCUCGCCACGACGAAGAAGAUCGCCAAGACGGCCAGGAGGGAGCACCGCGUCUGCACACGUCCUCAAGCGCGUGCGCGCGCUACAGUACACCUGGCCGCCGCCGCCCAUGGACGAGGAAGCGGACGCGCUCCACCGGCGUUGGAGCGGGCUCCAGGAGUGGGUCAGCGCGCAGCCCUCCUUCGACAAAGGACGUCCCCAUGGCGCACCAGUCGCCCUACAACAGGGACGCUGCCUCCAGGCCGCUUCGCCUUCGCGUCAUCCUCGUGCCCAUGCCCGAUGCCGCCUUCAGCUCCGUCCUCUCGGGCACCGCUGGCGAUGCCGCGGCCACCGACCAAUGCAAGCUGGUCGAGGUCCGCGCCCACGAGAUCGUCGUCGACGCCGUCGACAUCGAGCGCGAGUUCGUCUUUGAUCUGCUCCCCGUUGCACUCAGUGGCAUGAACGGCACCCUCACAGGCCAGUACAUCAAGUCUAUCAUCACCGACCGCUUGCCCAUGGCACUCUGGGUGCAGGAGAUGAGGUCCCCGAUGUCUCGCCCACAACAUGUUCGGCGCAAUGUCACAACCGCAGCACCACCUCUGCUUUGUGCUCAGUUGUCUGCCCACUUGGUGUUCGCAAGGCUUGCACUCUCGAGAGGAAGCUAAUCAGGUACCUCACCGGCUGCUACCAUCUUCACUUGAUUGUUGUUGUUCCGGUUGAAGUUGCCACCGAUGUUUUUGAGGACUGCAUGAUGCUUAAUAGAAUGAUGGAGCCGAAUCCAGCAAUUCCUUGGCCUUCCCCAUGGCAGGAUAGCAACACUUUGCUUUCUAAAUCAAUCUGGCUAUGCUUUAUUUUCUGGUUGCCAUUCCGCUGUGGUUCGGAUGGGGUGCAGAAAAGGCCACCAUGGCCACCACCUGUGCAAAUGGGAAGGUUACUUUCAAUUGUGUUUUGCUGUUCAGUCAGAAAGUGCAAGAUGAAAUUACUAAAUGGUGGACUCAGAGAGCUUCUUUGGCUUAGCUACACAGAUGGUGUGUGUCUUUUAUAUCAAGGGUUCGAGCCACUAUCUCAAUGGGAAAGAAAUGGUUUCAGUCCUGAAAAAUUUAGAGUGCAAGAAAAUUAUUUGAUGCUUGACAAGCUGCCAUCAGGGGAACGAGGUGCCCAUCAGUUAUGGAGAAAUUCAGAGGAAACACUUCUAAGGGUAAGAGCAAUUUCUUGCUAUGGUCUGCAGCAAUUUUCUGAACUUGCUACUACAUGGAUCUCUUUACGUAGCAUGGGUGAUUCUAGAGUUGAGAUAUUUUGGCCUCAAGUUAACAUCUGUCCUAUGGAGUUGUUCUGGUCGCCAUUCAGUUGUGGCUGGGCUCUGGUGCAGCAAAGACCACCAUGGCCACCUCCCGUGCGGCUGGAAAAAUUGCAAUCAAUGGUCUGUUAUUGUUCAGAGAGUGAGUGCAAUAUGAGGUGCCUCCAUUGUCAGCUCAAUAAUAAUUGCUGGACACAUUGCAUUGAUUUGCUUGAGAGUUAUCAUAAGUCCACUCAAUCACUGUCUUUGGUACUACAAAAAACAGACUCUAUCGUUGGUGAUGCACUGCAAUUGCUGUUCUUAUGGUCAUCAUCUCAAAUCCACACGAAAUUGAGAAAUGCUUGCAAUUGUUACUUGGAUGGCUGUCAUGAGAUUGAUAACACCACAGCUGGUGUGUUUGACUGGUGUGUCUCCAUGAUGGAUAUAUUCAGGCGUAAUGGUGCUAUGGCUAGCUCUUUCAAAGUGUUUGUUGUACCACCCUUGGUUCAGUCAAUGAAGUGUGCCCUGGCUGUUUGGCAAGCUGGUUUACAUUUGUUGGUUGAACUGCAGCAGUGGUCUCCCUUUGUGAAUUUUUUCGGUGUUCGGCAAACAACAAUCUUUUGCAUUAUACAGCUAAAGGGUAUAUGUUUGUUGUCCUACAACUGCUACAACACUCAAAGUAUCUUAGGGGACUACAUUUUUGCAUAUGCAAAUAAAAAGAACAAGAAGAUUGCUCGAGCAUUAAUGCACAAAAGAGAGGUGUGGCUGAUGCACAAUAAUUCUGAUGGUUCUAGUCCUCAAUUUGCAAGCUCUGAAGUUCUACAAAUGGGUGCCAACAGUAUCAAUGUCCUCCAUCUUCAGACCAAUAUCUUGCUCCGACCAUCUUUAGAGGGUGCAACUGUUCUCAAGUCACCAAUAUCCAUGGAACGGCUUGAGGGAAAGCCGCAUUUCAAUCGGAGGAGAAUGUCAUGAACUGGGCUGCCAGAUGAGCCCAGUGGGCCGGGAGAUGGAGGCGGUGGAGACCGGCAUACAAAAGCAGAGGAGAACCGAAGGGAAAUCAUCGAACAAACAACAGACCAACCGAUCAUCCUCUUCCUCUGUCCAAGAACUUGCUCUGUAGUUUCUUGCUAUUCCUCCUAAAUCUGUGCUAUCUCUAGUCUUGAUUCUCUCUUAUUCUUCUCCAAAUUGUAUCAAUACUCUUGCUAUUCUGAUUUGGAGGUCUAGAACCAUAACACAUCGUCCUGCUCGACCGCCGGCUGCCAGCACCGUCUGGUUGUGAGAUCA